AAAUUUUUAUCAAGGUUAGAGUUGCAUGUAGGUUAAAGAGUCAACUAGCUUCUACAAGAUUUAUGUAGAUAAACAGUAGUCUCAGGCCUCCCUCUGCUAUUUCCCUGUCAGGAGGCAGCCUUUUCCUGCAACGAGGUGACAACCUCCAAGCCACCAAACACGCUUGUGUUGCCACUUGUAACUUUUCUGGAUUAGGCACUAUCUUACUGAUCUCCCACUAUAGAAAAGGAAAAUAUGACUUCUCCUGUUGCAGAUUAGGAGGCUGAGUGAUUUGCCCAAGGCCAUACUGAAUCAGAUCACUGGGGGUGAAGCCAGAAACCUGCAUUUUUUAAAAGCUCCUUAAGUAUUUUCUCACAUUGAAGUUUGAGAGCCACUGCUAAGGCAGAGAGAGAAUGCUUUGGAAGCUAAACUUCAGCAUUGAAAUCUUGGCUCUGACGCUUUCUAUGUCAUCUUGAGCAAAACUUUUCUGAGCCUCCGUUUCUUCUUCUCUAAAGUGGGCACACUUUUAAGGAUUUAUAGGGAUAAAGUGGGAUGACAUGGUCAAACGCUGUACAAGGAUGAGUGAUGAUUGCGAGUUCCAGCUACAAAAGCUUGGGCACAUUCGUUCGCUUCUCAGAGCCUGUUUUACCUUGUUGGUACCAUUGAGUGGAUGAUAACGACCUCACAGUGUUAUCUGGAGGAUCAUAUGAGGUUCCCAACAGCAUUCGAAACAAACCUUUAUUCCACAAAUGGGUGAAAAAGACUUUGAAUAAAAUCCCAGGCAAUGUUUCACGGACUUCAGUUUUGUCCCAGCAAGCUGCUUGGAUGAGGUUCUACUGCAGCUUCUUCCCAAGGAGCCGUUUUUCCAAGACUAGACCUCAUCUCCCAUAAAGCAAGCAGGAGCCAAAAUCUCAGCCUUCGGAACUCUAAGAGCUACGAGGGGCUCUUCAAGGACCAUGUGAGGACCUUGAGUUUUAGGGGAACGCUUGCCUUCUACCUGCAAACAUCCUCCCUGCUCGCAGCAGAACCCUCCGUGCGUGUCCAGAACGGCUGCCUGGCAAAUCCGAGCCUCUGGAGUGGCCCUGCUCUCGGGCCCUUUGGUGUCUCAUCGAGGAGAGUUGACGUAUGAAAGAUGGAACAUGGAGACAAUAGUACCCACUUCAAGGUCACUUUGAGGAUUAAAUGAGUUAGUGCAGGAAUGCAAUCCCUGGUUCAGUUUUCACUGCCAGAUGGAACAGAGCAGGGUCACAUAUGGGAACAGUUGUCAGCAGCAUCACCCACAAAGAGAGGAUCCAAGAGAAAGGAAACAGAAACCUCUAGAAUGUAGAUCAAGGAAAUGAGUAGGGGCAAGGACUUCGGAGACUUUCCAGACUGCCUGGAUUUGAGUCCUGACUGCCCCUCUUACAAGCUGUGUGGCUUUGGACACACCCACGGCAGGGUUCAGCCCUCUGGACCAUGGCAUGAAGCUGACUGUGGCCACAAGCUGUACUCCGUGUACCUGGACGGGUUCCUUUUCUGCAAGGUGCGCUACAGCCAGCUACACGGUUGGAACGAACAGCUGAGACGGGUCUUUGGCAAUUGCCUGCCACCCUUUCCACCGAAGUACUAUCUGGCAAUGACCACAGCCAUGGCUGAUGAGAGGAGGAACCAGUUGGAACAAUAUUUGCAAAAUCUAACCUCGGACCCAAACGUGUUGGGAAGUGACGUCUUCGUUGAGUUUUUAAAAUUAGCACAGCUGAACACGUUUAAUGUCGCUACCAAGAAAGCGUCCCUGGAUGUAUUUCUGCCCAAUGGAAGGAGCACUGAAGUGGAAAUUCUAACAUCAGAUACUGCUGAAAGAGUCCUAGAGGUGGUGGCACACAAAAUUGGACUGUGUCGGGAGCUCUUGGGCUACUUCGGCCUCUUUCUCAUUCGGUUUUGCAAGGAGGGCAAGCUCUCUGUUGUGAAAAAACUGGCAGAUUUUGAACUCCCUUAUGUUAGUCUCCGAAGUUCUGAAGUGGAGAGCUGUAAAGUUGGACUCCGGAAGUGGUAUAUGGAUCCAUCCCUUGAUGCCAUGCUGAUGGACUGCAGAGUGGCCGUAGACUUGCUCUACAUGCAGGCAAUACAGGACAUUGAAAAAGGAUGGGCCAAACCCACACAGGUGCAGAGGCAGGAAUUAGAGGCUCUCCAGAAAGAAGACAAUCAAACAAAGUUUCUGGAGCUGUCCCGGGAGGUACGACACUAUGGCCACAUGCAGCUGGAUCCCUGCACCUGCGACUACCCGGAACCAGGCUGCGGGGCCGUCCUCUCCGUCGGCAACAACGAGAUCAGCUGCUGCAUCACCCUGCCUGGUAACCAGACCCAGGAUGUCAUUUUCCAGAUGAACAGGGUGAAGUGCUGGCAGGUCACUUUCCUUGGGACUCUGCUGGAUUUGGAUGGGCCCCAGAGAACUCUCAACCAGAACUUAGAGCUCAGAUUUCAGUACAGCGAGGAGAGUCGCUGGCAGUGGUUUGUUAUUUACACCAAACAGGCUUUUUUGCUGAGUAGCUGCUUGAAAAAGAUGAUCUCAGAAAAGAUGGUAAAGCUAGCUGCUGAGAAUCCAGAAAUGAUUGAAGUUCCGGAACAAGGCAAAAGUAACAAAUACCACAUUCAUCAAAGCCAGCAGAAAGACUAUUCUAGCUUUCUACCAAGAACAAGCAAGAGUAAGAUAGCUAAAGACGACUGUGUUUUUGGAACCAUAAAGGAAGAAGAUCUUUGAAGAAAAAAAGUCUGAUAUUUUAAAAUGUCCUCUCAUGCUAUUUCAAGAUGGUGAAAGAACUUGGGGGUUGAGGUGGGCUUCCUAUCGUCAAUGGAAGAAAUUUGACCUCUUCCCAUCCUCUCUCUUCCAUUUUUUAGGCAUCAAAAUAGCCUGUAUUCAUCAAGUAUACUCCAGCAGCCCGUGUAAAUAUCAAGAUUAGAAAGCAACAGGAACCAAAGUUAGAGUUUUUUUAAUAGCUUGUGAACGGCAAGUUUGAAUCAACUAAUAUGAAACUCAUUCUAUUUUCCCCUACAAAAUAGACAUUGACAUGGCUUCAUGAAGUCUUUUGUAUGUUCUGAAAUUACAUGAAUGAAAGGCUCAUUAAAAAUAUUACAAAUACACUGGGGGUCAAGUUCUAAAGACAUGACUCCUCAGCUGAGGAAAAUACGGCUUUAAGAAGUAGAAUCGCAGAAAAAGAAACAAGGGUUUCUCUGAUCCAUCUGCACAGGAUUAGAGCAAGAAGGUGAUGAAAUACUGAUUUGUUUCCUUACAUGAUCCUGAGCCUACCAAUAUGGAGGGACUCAGGAUAAGAGGCUGCCAGCUCUGUGUUCCCCUGUUGUUGUCAUUGGACUCUGUCCUUAGGGUCCUGAAUUCAGUUCAAUAACUAACAUACUAUUUUGGAUAUUUUUAUUUUGGAAAGCAAUAAGGCCCUGCACUUCAUAUCAGAUACUUUAUAUGUCUCUUGGCUUUAAAAACAUGUAUACUUUCUCAUUAGAUAUUUUUCCUAUCCAGUUUCAGUUAUCUCAUGGUAAUUAAUGUAAUUAUGUAGAGAAUUAAGACCACAAUAAGCAAGAGGGAUAGAGGAAUCUAUACAAUGUAAUAUUCUAAUGUAUUAGAAAUGUAAUAUUCUAAUGUUCUUUUCUAACUGGGUUAUGUUAUUAAUUAUAUAAUAAAUAUGAAAUAUAUUCUAGUGAAUGUAGAAUUUACUGACAAAAAUUCUAUGAGUGAUCUUUUUAAAAUAUAGAAUCUACUAAGACCCUAUAAUAUUUAUCAAUCAAUGCCUAUAGCUAUAUCUUCAAGUACCUUAAAGUUUUUAUAUUUUAGACUCUAGUAGAAUAUUUUUGCAGAGGAAAUCACAAAGAUCCCAGAUCAUCCAUAGUGAGUAUAUAGAUGGAUUAGGAUCAUCUUCAGAUUUAAAUGGAAACUAUUUUGCCAAUUGAAGAAUAGCCUUAUUUAAGAAUAGGGUUUAUCUUUUUUUAAUAGCAAACACCUACACAAUGUAAAGGGCUGCAUAGACACUAGGAAUACAAAAAUAAUGCGUAUUUGGGGUAAGAAGAUGCAUACAUUAAAUUGAACCAUCUGUGACUGCUAUCUUUGUAGGUUAAAAAUAGUUUAAUGUGGUUAUUUUUAUAUGUUUCAACUUGAUAUGCAGGAGUGAGCAAUCCCAGAGAACAUGUAGUUGGUGUCAAAGUGUAGUGUAGACCUCUGUGUCAAAGGAAGUUGGGGGCCCUCAGGAAAGCCCUGAGGGAAAGAGGGACUUUGAAGAAAGAGUAGAGCUAGGCAGGGACAAAGGUGGGGGGACCCUAGAGAAACGGCAGGAUGGCCGAAUAAGUGUGGUGUUUAGGAAACAAUGAGCAACCCUGAUCUGUGCUAGCAAAGUUUUAAGGUUAAGGGAGUAGUUAGGCGAUAAGAAAAGAGGUGAAAAGGAUCAGGUUAUAUGCAUAUACUAAUGCAGUAGUCCCCAAAUAUGUACAGAAG